CACGUGCUGUUUUCAGGUACCUUACAACGUGAACCACUGGCUUGAGAAGAAUAAGGAUCCCCUGAACGACACCGUUGUCGACCAGUUCAAGCAUGGCCAGAACCAACUUCUGGUCGAUAUAUUUGAAGACCAUCCUGGUCUUAGUGGUGGUGACCAAGGUGGUGGUGGUGGUGGAAAAGGACGUAAGAAAGGUUCUGGUUUUCAGACUGUCUCUGGCUUAUACAGGGAACAGUUGAACAAGCUGAUGACCACUCUCCGAGCCACCCAGCCCCACUUUGUCCGGUGCAUCAUUCCGAAUGAAACUAAAUCUCCAGGUGUGAUUGAUUCCCAUUUGGUGAUGCACCAGCUGACCUGUAACGGCGUACUGGAAGGUAUCCGUAUCUGCAGGAAGGGAUUUCCUAACAGGAUGAUUUACCCUGACUUCAAACACAGAUAUACAAUCUUGGCUCCAAACGCAGUACCCAAAGGAUCUUUCGUUGACGCAAAAAACGCAACAGAGAAAGUGUUAGAAGCCAUUCAGCUCGAGGCGAACGAUUUUCGAUUAGGUCACACCAAGGUGUUUUUCCGCGCUGGUGUGUUGGGCCGACUGGAAGAAAUGCGUGAUGAACGUUUAGGUAAGAUUAUCACUUGGCUCCAGAGCUGGAUCCGAUGGUAUCAGUGUAAGAAGGAAUUCAAGAAACUAAAAGAACAGAGAAUUGCUCUGCUUAUCAUUCAGAGGAACCUCCGUAAAUUUCUGCAACUUCGUAACUGGCUGUGGUGGAAACUUUACUCCAAGGAGCUGAAUGAACGGCUCGCAGAACAAGAAAAUACAUCAUCCCAGCUGAACCAAAACAAGAAGAAACUUGAGGGAGAUGUUUCUUCUCUGAAGAAAGAAAUUGAAGACCUACAACUCGCUCUGCAGAAAGCUGAACAAGACAAGGCGACCAAAGACCACCAAAUCCGAAACCUGAAUGACGAAAUCGCUCACCAGGAUGAACUAAUUAAUAAACUAAAUAAGGAAAAGAAACAUUUACAGGAAGUUAACCAGAAAACAGCGGAAGAUCUGCAGGGUUCAGAGGACAAAGUGAAUCACCUCAACAAAGUCAAGACUAAACUCGAACAGACCCUUGAUGAGCUUGAAGACAACCUGGAGAGGGAGAAGAAGCUCAGGGGGGAUGUGGAGAAGAACAAGAGGAAGGUGGAAGGUGACCUCAAACUUGCACAGGAAGCUGUGGCUGACUUGGAGAAGAACAAGAAAGAAAUGGAGCAGGCUCUCCAAAGGUUUGUAUUCUGGAACAGUUCCCCUCAUAAUCACGAAAAGAAUUACCGGUACAAGUUUAAUUUAUGGUUUGCUGUUUUUUUUUCUUCCAAACAGGCCAGGAUUGAAGAAUUAGAGGAAGAACUCGAGGCCGAAAGACAAGCUAGGGCAAAGGCUGAGAAGCAGAGGGCAGAUCUCAGUCGCGAACUAGAGGAACUCAGCGAACGUUUGGAUGAAGCUGGUGGCGCCACCUCUGCUCAGAUUGAACUUAAUAAGAAGCGGGAAGCGGAGCUUGCUAAGCUGAAACGGGAUCUGGAAGAGUCCAGCGUCCAGCACGAACAAGUCCUCUCGAACUUGAGAAAGAAACACAAUGAUGCUGUGGCCGAACUUAGCGAACAGAUAGACCACCUGAACAAGCAGAAAGCCAAAACUGAGAAAGAGAAGGCACAGAUGAAGGGCGAGUUGGAUGACAUGAGGUCAAGUCUCGAUCAUGUGAAUAAGGAAAAGGCAAAUUCCGAAAAGAACACAAAACAGCUGGAAGUCCAACUCAUGGACGCCCAGCACAAACUGGACGAAGUCCACCGAUCUCUGGGAGAUUUCGAUUCAAACAAGAAGAAACUUAUUGCUGAGUGUGGCGAUCUCCAGAAGCAGCUCGAAGAAUCAGAAUCUCAGGUUAACCAGCUGAGCAAGCUUAAGAUGUCCCUCCAAACCCAGCUGGAGGAGGCCAGGAGAACAGCGGACGAGGAAAGCAGGGAACGUGCUGCAGUUUUGGGUAAAUAUAGGAACCUGGAACACGAGUUAGACGGACUUAAGGAGCAGUUGGAAGAAGAGCAGGAGUCCAAGAACGAUCUCCAGAGACAGUUGAGUAAGGCUAACGCCGAAGUCCAACAAUGGAGAAACAAGUUUGAAAGUGAAGGUCUUGCUCGGGUGGAGGAGUUGGAGGAUGCUAAAAACAAACUGCAAGCAAAGCUACAAGAAGCUGAAGAGCAUAUCCAACAACUUAACGUAAAGUGUGGUGGUCUAGAGAAGGCCAAAUCUCGCCUCCAAGGGGAGAUUGAGGAUAUGUCCAUUGAGGUUGAAAGGGCUAACAGUCUAGCUGCCACGUUAGAGAAGAAACAGAAGUCCUUCGACAAAACGAUAGCAGAGUGGAAGCAGAAGGUGGACGAUCUCUCUGCAGAGUUGGAUGCUUCCCAAAGGGAGUGCAGAGACUACUCCACGGAACUCUUCAAGAUGAGAGCUUCGUAUGAAGAGGGUCAGGAACAGUACGAGGCUGUGAAGAGAGAGAACAAGAACUUGCAAGAUGAAAUCAAGGACCUUGUUGACCAACUUGGCGAGGGAGGAAGGAGCGUUCACGAGCUUGAGAAAUCCAGGAAGAGGCUGGAGAUGGAGAAGGAGGAACUCCAGGCAGCUCUGGAAGAGGCUGAAGCUGCUUUGGAACAGGAAGAGAACAAGGUGCUUCGUGCCCAACUCGAACUUUCUCAGGUCCGGCAGGAGAUUGACCGCAGGAUUCAGGACAAAGAGGAAGAAUUUGAAAACACAAGGAAGAAUCAUCAGAGAGCCAUUGACUCCAUGCAAGCCAGUCUGGAAGCCGAAUCCAGAGGCAAAGCUGAGGCCUUGCGCAUGAAGAAAAAGUUAGAGAGCGACAUCAAUGAGCUGGAGAUUGCUCUUGACCACGCUAACAAGGCCAACGCUGAAGCUCAGAAGAACAUCAAGAGGUACCAACAGCAGAUCAAAGAACUCCAGCAAGCAGUGGAGGAAGAACAGAAAGGACGCGACGAAGCUAGAGAACAAUACGCCAUGGCAGAAAGACGCAGCCACGCCCUCCAUGGUGAACUGGAGGAAAGCAGACAGCUCUUGGAACAGGCUGACCGUGCUAGACGUUCAGCAGAAACCGAGCUUGCUGACUCUCAUGAACAGAUGAACGAAUUGUCUGCUAAUUCUGCUUCUUUGUCGAUGGCCAAGCGAAAACUGGAGGGAGAGAUGCAGGCACUGCAGGUUAGAGACUUCAAUAUCUUCACUUUUAAACAAUUCAAGAAAAU